UUAGCCUCAGUGAAGAAGACCUCUGCUACAGGAAAAGCAUGAUGGCGCGGGAUGUGUGUUGUUUCUUCGCCUCUCUGCACUGCGAGACCCGGAGGUAACAGCGGUGUGACCGCGGGGCUCAAGCCGAGAAACAGUGACACACUGACGGUUGAUAAGAGACGCGUCGUUGUGGUUAAGAAACCAACAAUGGAAGAGAACCUGAUUCGGAGGGAGGCAGCUCGCCCGCCGAGGAGGGCGUCUGCCGCUGCGGCGGAGGUUGGAGCUAACGAUAGCCUGCAAGAUGGCGAGGUUUACACGGCCUGGGAAAGUCAAGCCGGUCCGGAGAGACUCGGUGCUGCUGCCGGGAGGGCGGAGCGGCGGAGCUGUGCACCGCUGGCGGUCCACCACCGGCACAUGCCGAUGGGACUCCUCAAUAUACCCAUACCGAGGAAAAAGGAAAACAGAGCCCUUUUCCAGGAUGUCUCCACUGAGUCCAGGGAGUACGAAGACAUGAUGACCAUCCUGACCUCCAGCUACAUCGACACCGGCUCGGCUGGCGGCUUCACCUACUGCAAACCCCGGCUAGUGCACAGCGAGCUGCUGGAGAGGGAGUUUGUGGAGAAGAGAAAGGAGAUGAAGGCUGAUGGGAGGACGGACAAGGAGCUAGAGGAGAGCUACUGCUUUUUGUUGGCUGAAAAUGCUAAACUGCCUGCACUGUGUGAGAAGGGGCUGCAGGUGGGUCAGAGUUGGAUCACAGUGCUGGGAAACCCUACCAAAGGAGUGUAUCUGUCCAAAUAUUCAGACCUGCUUCAAGUCAACCCCAUAAAUCCCGGGUUCACAGGGGAUAUCGUCAUCUUCAAAGUGAUGAAGGGUAAAGUGAAGAGCAUCUAUGAAAACAUGAAAAACCUUUUAGAUCCAACGCCUCGCUUCGACAGCCACACCUCCAAGAACGCCAGCAAAGUCACAUCGCUCUCCUCCUACCGCGCCUUGGAACUCACACAGCAAUACUUCUACGAGUAUUCCUUUGACGAGCUGCGGCCGCGCCCUCGUCAGGUCUGUCCGUACGCCGUCAUCUCCUUCCUGUUUAAAGGAAAAGACUCUUCACUUCCCAGCAAACCUCUGGCCCCCAUCAGGUUGAACAGUCAGUCAGCAGAGGCCAGUAAAGAGCGCGCUCAGUUCACAGUGUGGAACGGAGAUCUGGUGAAAGGUGACCGGCUUCUCUUCCAGAUAUCCCUCCGCUGCUUCUCUCCUCCCUUGCUGCCCCACAGACUACCGGAGAAGUUGGAAAUGGGUUGUGUAAUGAGGCUGGAGCAGCUGACCAGGUACCUGUCCUCUGACCUGCUCUCCUACAACCUGUACAGCAGCAGCCACCAAGUUGUGAAUAGCGGUCAUUGCUGCAGUCUUCUGGAGGUGACAGACAGAAAUCGGUCUACAACCAGCGUGACCGGACUGCUGCAGGAGCUGGAGACAAAGAGAGUGGUUCUGGUGACUGCACUGUCAGACAGAGGCUUUCUCCUCCUGUUAUCCAGUGUUCAGAUGGCCAUGCCCCCAGAGAGAGAAGAGAACUGGAAGAGAAGUCUCCAGGCGUUGUUUGUCUUCCCAGAGUCCAGAGAUCUGUCUAAAUCCACAUUCAGGGGUGCCUCCUCGUCCCAUAAUGCAUCACAGUCUGGUAGCCCGGUGAUGCCACGGCUCUCACAGUUUAUUCCAGCACUGCACCACGCUCUGGUGAAGGCCCGCGCCAACCACCCCCCCGAGCUGUCUGCAGGCGUGGAGCACCUCACACGGGAAUACCUCGUCGGCCUGACCGAUGGGAAGGUUCGACAGUACCCGAUGGGCGAGUACGACUCCAAACUGGAUGAGUGCAUGAAGCUGUUUCCUGCUCCCAAACAACACCGGGUGAACAUGGAGGGCUACCUGCGCUCCUACCUGUACACCCCCGCCCUGCACCUGCUGUCUGUGGCCCGGGCUAAACAGAUGGUGGAGGCGCACUGCGGCCCCGAGGAGUCUCAGGAGGCCAAUCUCAGGAGGAGCCUAGGAGGCCACAGAGAGGUGAUGGGGAAGGAGGCGACCAGCAACUCUCGAGAGGGACAGACCAACACUCAGAAGAUGCAGCAGCUGGUCGACCUGGUUCUGACCUGCAAGAGAAAAGCAGAGACUGUGGUGAGAAAGGAGGGAGGAGAAGGAGGCGUGAAGGUACACGGGAGGAAGAGGAAAAUGGAACAGGAGACGGCAGAGAGGACACUAAAGUUCCUGAAGGCAUCACAGGAACCCGGAAGACACAGCAAGUUUCCCGUUGAGGGAAGCCAUAUUCCCGCUCCCCCUGGCUCUCUUGGUUCUCUGAUUGGUUCGGUUGGUUUGAUGGACGUGGAUCUGAGGGAAGAUGGAUCUGAAUUAGCUACUAGACUACUCUCUCUGUUAAAAGGCCUCACACAGGCAGCAAGAGGAACAUCCAAUCAGAGUGAAGUACAAGAGGUGGUGCAGAAGACAUCCUGGCCCUUUGAUAGGCUGGCCACCAAACUGGGUCUGCCCACCAACUGUGACAUCGACCUGAGGGAUCAGGAGGAGCUGGAGGAGCAGACAAUCGUCAGCAUCAGUAGUUCGGAGGGAUUCAGUCCCGGCUCCCACAGCGGGGAGGGGAAUCACCAUGGAGCAGCAGGAAGAGGAGGGGGGCUCGGGAAGAGGGCAGGGGGAUAUGAAGAGGAAGAGGAGGAACAGGACAAGAUCCCGUGGGUUCUCAUCCCUAUUACAGGGCUAAGUUAUUCACGGUACACCCACAGAGACAGAAAACUCCCUCAGGACCCUCGCUUCCAUCACCUCACCACGGCAACGACGAUCACCACAACCAGCAAACCCCCCGGGCAGAGCCCCUCCCCGUCUCCCAGGCAAAGCACUCCUCCCUCCCCCCUCCGAUGCGCAUCCCCCGAGCCCAGCCCUCCUCACUCCAUCUCCCUGUGCCCGUCACCAGACCCCAGCCCCCCCCCUUCCCCCUCCCAGUGCCCGUCUCCAGAGCCCAGUCCGCCCACCUCCCCGUCUCAAUGCCCGUCCCCGGAGCCCAGCCCUCCCCCCUCUCCCCCAAAAUGCCCCUCUCCACAAUGCAGACCUACACAACGUCUGGACCCUCGUCUCCUUGGCCGCCCCCCCCUCCCCUCAGCGGAGCCUAAUGACCUCAGCCAGUUUAACAGCAACCACAGAUGUGCUAACGUGGAGCCGGUCGUCCACCCCCCCUCCAGGGAAUCUGCAGGGCCGUAUAAGGACAGAGAAAAGACACCUCAGGGAAAGGAAAAGAAGAAUGAAGAGCCAUUUAUUUCUACAUCCAUCCAGCCAUCUGUACCUCCAGCGCCAGAGAGGAGGAGGAGCCCGUCACCACCCCCAACUCAGCCGGAUGGAGAAGGGGUAGUGAAGGAAGUACAGGCAGACGUUUCAGAGGAGGUGGAAAUAGUUAAUAUUCUCAAGAAGCGAGUGAAAGAAGACCAGGAGGAGGAGGUGGAAUUUAUGGAUGUGGAAGUGGAAGUGGGGGAAGUGAAGGACCUUGUAGGUGGCCCUUUGUUUUCUCCACCCGUCGCCGUACCUCCUACUUGUCUUGACAGCGUCGUUGACAAACACCUGGGCAACUUCUCCUCUGAUGUACAGCUCCUCCUGCAGAAGCAGAGCAUUCAUUACAGCUUCCCACAAUUCCCACAUUCCACCUCCAACACAGAAACCUCCGCACCUCAUCACACACUCCCACACGCCUCAAUGUCUCAGUUAUCACACUAUGUUUCUUUCUACAACCCCUGCUCCCCAGUACAUGACCCCGUGGUCCCACUAACGCACGACUUCAACAGAAUAUUUGAAGACACCUGCCCGAGCCACAAACCUGGCAGCAGCAGGACUAAUGUGGAUGACGCACUAGCAAGCAGAAUUAGUGAGUUUGUGUCCAGCAUCAGAGCAUCUAAAGCUCCAACGAGUGGAGAAGAUGACGGUAUCUUUGGUGAACUGACAGCCGCUGACGUCAGUACCAACCCUGCACUCUCCAGAGGAAGUGAUCCGUGGCAGCAGCACACAAUCCCUAAGCAUGUUCCCGAUGCUACAGGCAACAUCAGUCCCAUGUUGUCGUCUCACGUCUCUUUAUCUGUUACUACCGCUCCGUCGGAUUCUGCCUACAAGUUGGCUAACACUUCUGUCCUCAUUCCUGCUCCUAACAAGCCCCCACACUCCCACUGGAAACAGCAGAGUCACAGUUUAGAGAUCAAUAGAACUCAUAACAUCAGACAAACAAAAGAGGACUGGACUGAGCACUGUAGUGUUGAGAUGGGGGGGAGUAGUCUUGCAGGUACAAAGUAUGAGGGGAGUUUGCCAGGGUUCAGCUGUGUCUCUGAGCCAGUCUCUGCCUCCGUCCCCGGGCCCACCCCCACCCCCCCGGCCUCAGCACUGAGCUCCCUGAUCAGCCAGCUGCAGCCGGAAGUUUUUAACAGUCUGGUGAAGAUCAUCAAAGAAGUGAAGAGAAACACCCUGCAGUUCUACCUCCACAGCAUGGAGCCGGGGGACCAGGUCCAUCAAGAGGUCAAGGCAAACCUGUUGAAGCAGGGGAACGCGGAGCAGAGUCCGAUGGCUUUUCUGAACCAAGAGAAUGCUGCAGACAGAUUGCUGGUGGUCAUUCAGAACCAAGACAUAGCUGGAUACAUUCACAAGAUCCCAGGUCUAGUGUCUCUGAAGCGUCUAGACUCUGUGGUGUUUGUGGGGAUCGAUACUCUGGAUGACAUCAAGAAUAACAGCUACAACGAGCUUUUUGUUUCUGGAGGAUGCAUCAUUUCCGACGAGUUAAUCCUCAAUCCAGACUUCAUCACUCACGAUCGACUGACGGCACUGCUGAUGCUCCUGGAGCAGAACAGUUCUCCAGAGAGUGUCUGGAGGCUGAAGGUUCACUGUAAAACCCACAAGAAAUUAAAAGAACAAUCCAGAUUCCGGAGAGAUGCAGCCAACCUACUGGAUGUACUGUCAGCCUAUCAGAAGCGGCAGAUUGUUGAGUUCCUCCCGUAUCAUAACUGCGACAUGAUGAACCUUCAGUCACCCGACCUGGUCUGUCUGCUGGAGCUCCAGGCCCGAUACACACAGUUCCGACACACAGUGUUCCUCACUGAGCAUAAUUUUGAGAAGUUCCCUGACCACUCAAAUAGUGGCAUCAUCGUGGCCAGUUUUGAAGAAAUCCUGCACGACUUCGGCAGACUGGUUGGUCACCAUGACAUCAAGAAAAGGCAGCCAAUCAUAGAUGACGUGCUGUCUCCCAAAGAACACAUCCCUUCCCUCUCCUCUCAUGAUCAACCCCAACAUCUCCACCAGCAACCCGACUUCAUUCCCCCUGCUCUUUCUCAUCUGUCAGACCAGCUUGUUCCGGAUGCUUCCUGUAAGGAAGGAGUGCCGCUUCACUCAGAAACAGACUACGAGGUUCUCCGACGAGCCAUCUCACAGUUACGAGCCGAGCGCCAAUUGGCCUCUCAGGCAGAGCUAAGCCUCCACUCCCUGAAGAACUUCCCUGUCAAUGUUGUUCCUACAGGUAGCGGUCCCACCUCCCCUCCUCUACCUCAGAAAGGUCUCACUGAGUCAGUCCAGGUCACUCAGGACAGAAAAGCAGUGGCAGCCACUUUGGAGUUAAUCCACUCAGCAUUAAAGCAGGAGACGAUGGAGGAGGAGAAGAGGCAAGGCGGGGCAGCGACUCUCACUGAGGGACAGAGGAGGGGAGGAGGAGAGGCUGGAGGUCACAGAGAUGGUCCUCCAGUAAGAGUGGUGGGAGCACUGGGAGGAAGCCAAGACCCCAGGAAUACUGACACGUCUACCCCUUCGUCCAAUCAAAGCAAAGCUGUAGUGACGGGACUGAGUUCCCAGACGCACGCAACUGAUGAUGGGAAAGAGAAAGCUGAUCAGCAAGGAGAGCCUUUAUUUCCCGAAGCAGCUACAAGUUCUGCAGCCUCUUCCAGUACCACAGCCUGUCCUGUAGGCGACCGAUCAAGAGACGUGGUUCGGGAACAACCAAUAAGAGGAGAUGCAGCACCAACUGGCACUGCCAGUGUUACCAAGAUCCAGCUGCCCCUUCAACGUCUGCAGCAACUGAACAACCUGCCGCUCCAUCUGACUCCACCAUUCCUACAGCCACCACUGCACAGCCAGCAGCAGCAGCCAGGGGGCUUCAGCCUCCUGCAGACCACCAACCUGCCUCGAUUCCCCAACCAGCCUUUCACCCCCAUGCCAGGCCCCCUGACUGGUGGUGGAGGUGGCCUCCUAGGGCACAUGCCUGCCUGGCCAGGAGGCCUGGGUCCAGGUGGCCUGGGUCCAGGUGCUGCUGCCCUGUACUGGCGCUUCCAACAAGCCAGCAGGGACUUAACGGUCCUUCCACUGCUCGGGGGGUUCCACAAUCCUGAAGUACCGGGCGGCAGCAGCAGGUUCAGGGGGGGCCACAGAGGGGGAGGCUUCAACGGGAUGUAGAGAGACGAUUUGACUGACGUUACGCUCGUAACGUUCACACACCUGCUCCAAAAAUCCAAACACUACCAGUCUGUUAACAGAGGAUAGGGAAAUGCUCACCCUGAAUACAGACAGGUGCCAGGCUGAAGAAAGAAGUGACCACACUCUGCAUGCCGCUCCAAGUUUUAUUAUUCAUAAUGCCUGAUCAUGAAAACGUCAUGGUACUGAUCACGGUGUCCAAGAAUCUGGAUGUUUUAGUCACUCAAGUUCAGAAACAUGAUAACAGGAGGAAGGUCGGAAAUACUGACUUGACUUUAUUUAGUAUGCACUUCUGCUUUUAUUUGGUGGAGAUACUACCAGGUAAGGUUGGCAGAAAUCGCUAACACAAACGGACGCGCCCUUUAGCGUAGAAUACAAAAAUGUGGUGUUCUGUGACAAAUCGCAUGUACUUUAACAGGGAGCAUUGUCUUCCAUUUAAGUAAGUACCCAUCAUACAAAAUCAAAGCAUUACAUUUGAGUUGUUUCUUGCAAGUGUCUGACUUCUCGCAUAAUUAAACGUUUUUCUCUAAUGAUUUUCUUGUAAAUUAACAACUUAACUCUUGGAAAUUCAGAUUUUUUUUCUCAGAAUAUGACCGGCCUUCCCAUCUCCAAAAAUUAACUGCAAAAGCACUUAAAAUGUCGUCAUAGAAAGUUGAUUGUAGGCCAGUAAAAAAAACUUGUGACGUAUGCAGAGUGUGGACCAAAAAUAAGUGGUUGUUUGUGUUGACACAGCCGAAAUCAGCUGCUAUAAAACAGAAUAAAAACCUUUACUACCUUACUGUAACCUCUACCUGUUGACCUGUCAGAAAAACACUAAUGGAAAUCCCCUGCAUCGUUACACAUGUGCAGGAGAUAAAAAGACAUUACAGGUGAGCAAAUGCCAAUUUUCUAUGCCAUAUUUUUAUUUAAUCUCUGACCUUGAAUGUACAUUUGUAAAAUGCAGCUUUUAAACUGAAUACAUCGUCUCAGAUUUAAUCAGUUCAAAAGCUUCAAGUAAAUAUUCACUGGGUUUUUUUCUGUACUCUGCUCUAAGAAUUGUCAUUGAUUAGAAUGUUAAAAGACUGGUUCCCAGCUUUCUUGAACGCACCACCAGCUUGACGAGUUUUCUAUUCCAACAAACCGACUAAUUCCUCUCUACAAAAGGACAUUUUCUACAGCGAACGAAUAUGACCGGAUCACCUGUGAAGGACUGAAAUAGGACAGACAUCUCUUCAAGUGGACAUUUUCUUUUGUACCGAAUAUUUUGUUUGUCAUCCUGCAAGUUGUUUGUGUUUAGUUGCUGUUGUUUGUUCAGUAGGAUGGGACUUUGUAACAGACUUGUUUUAACUUAAAAAUAUGUUUUAAAUGUUUUUUUACAUAUUUCUUUUGUAUUAAAAGUUGCCUGUGUAAACAUU